AACCUCCUCUUCUUGAUAUUGCAACCUAUACCUUAGGUAAGGUAUGGCUGGAGGCAGAGCACGUGAGCCUUGCUGGGGCUAUAAAGUGCCGCCGACCGAGGCUUUGAGCCCCAUAUUUAUAGUGGUACUACCCCAGUUAUGGUUACCCGGGCCUGGUACGUAGUCAUAACAAGUCUGUCAAUGAAUCCAAUUAUUCAUAUCACAUACAUUUUCAAAUCUACUUACCCGUGUACCACCAUCUGUCAUAUGUAAAGACACACAAGCUGUGACAGCUUACCCGCCAUGUCCUCUUCACAGCAGCCUCUCACAGGCACAGACGGAAUCCGCUCUCUAAGUCACGAUGAUGCUAUAUUCCACGCCUUCGAUUCAUAUCCGUGGGUGAAGGACACAAACUUCAUGUCGGGUCUACUUGCUAUCCUCGGCAGCCCAACCGAUAACGCUCAAGCAUCCUUCACAGACAUGGCAACCCACGCCCGCAUCUUCUACUAUGCACAAAAGAUUGGCGUCACAAUUGACUUUUCGCUCUACAAAGAAUGGCUAGCCUCUCAUCCAGACCACGCUCCUCCGGAUGUACUCCCAGAGGAGUAUCGCCAACAGCCGCAGCAGCCAGCGCUUGACUGGCAAAAGUCCGCGCCCAAGGCCGAGCUGUUCCUGGACAAGAAACCAGGCUCAGCGGCCGACCAGACCCAUGGCGAGGAUCAGCCAUCGUACCCAGGAGGCUUUGCUGAGAUGAUUAAACUGCUACAGGAGGGGAAGCCCGUGCCAGGCAUUAGGCAAAUCCCCAACACUGUUGUCCGGGACCCCUCAGUGAAACCGGUCGGUGCAAGAAAAGUCCCCCCGAAACCUUGGGAAAGACAGGAAAAUCCACCUGUAGACCAUGAGGCCCAGACUCAGGCACUGGAUCCCGAGUUCCCGCCAGUCGAUACCAGCUCUCAGCCAAAUGCAGCGCCACUGGCGUCCUGAAACCUGAUGCACAUACAUACUUAAUUCAUGGCAUGUUAGUAUCCGGCGUUCUGGAGUGCAUUCUACCACGUAUCUCAACUACUCAACACACACAACACAAUGGACGAGAAUGA